CAACUUCUCUCAGAAAUGGCGACUGCAAAAUGGUCCGCAACAAUGGCGGUCGCUGCUAUAUUAGCGAUCACAGUACUCUCACACUCAGCAAUGGCGGAUAUGUCGGAAGAGACGAAAGUGAAGACAGUAAAGGGGAAAAAAGUGUGUACUAGAGGAUGGGAAUGUAAUCCAUGGUCGAUCUAUUGUUGUAAUGAAACAAUCACAGAUUUCUUUCAAACUUAUCAGUUUGAGAAUUUGUUCGCCAAAAGGAAUGUUCCUCAAGCUCAUGCUGUAGGGUUUUGGGAUUACCAAUCCUUCAUUCAAGCUGCUGCGCUUUUCGAACAUCUAGGCUUUUGUACUUAUGGUAAUAAAACUAUGAAGAUGAAGGAGCUCGCCGCUUUUCUUGGCCAUGUCGGCAGCAAGACUUCCUGUGGGUAUGGAGUUGCUACUGGUGGACCAUUUGCCUGGGGACUUUGCUACAAUAAGGAACUGAGCCCAAGCCAGAAGUACUGUGAUGAAAGUUACAAGUACACUUACCCCUGUUCACCUGGAGCUGACUACUAUGGCCGAGGGGCAAUUCCUAUAUACUGGAAUUACAACUAUGGAGCUGCAGGUGACGCACUAAAGGAGGAUCUACUGAAUCAUCCGGAAUACAUUGAGCAGAAUGCUACUCUUGCCUUCCAAGCCGCAAUUUGGAGGUGGAUGACACCUUUGAAGAAGGGACAACCAUCGGCACACCAGGUUUUUGUUGGAGAUUGGAAGCCAACCAAGAACGAUACUUUGUCAAAGCGUGUCCCUGGCUUUGGAGCCACCAUGAAUAUCUUGUACGGGGAUGGUGUUUGUGGGAAGGGUGACAUCGAUGAUAUGAACAACAUCAUGUCUCACUACCUUUACUACCUUGAUUUGAUGGGUGUUGGCCGAGAAGAAGCAGGCCCCAGUGAAACCCUCACUUGUGCGGAACAAAAAGCUUUCAACCCUUCCAAUCCUGGGAGCUCCUCCUCUUAAGCUCCAGCGAUACUCCACUAUCCACUAUACUGGCUAUAUAUUCUUUUCAAGAUUGAUCGUCUGUAGAAAUCCACUGAUAUCAAUAAGCUGAGGGUCGUUCUUGAUGUUAUUUGUUUAUGUGCGAGGUUUUACUCUUAUUGUUUUCUGUUGAAUAUGAAGUAGUGUGUUGUUGAAGUUUGAAGUGGAAAUCUGGUCUUGCUCUUGUUAGUACUCUAGUGUUAAGAUUGGUUGCGAUUUAAAUGUGUUUAUGAUGUAAUUAUGUCGUAAUAUCAAAUAUGUAAAACGAUUUUGAACAUUAAUUGUUGAUAUUAUAAGUUUCUUGUAUCCA